AUGGCUGCUCUGCGGGUCAGGAAGGAGAGAAGUUCCAGCUCUGUAGAGCCCCGACCGCUGCAGCACCCUCCCGCACCAGACCCUGUGGCAGCCCCCGGCGUGGCAGCCGGCCCCUGCGCAGCCCACGAGCAGCCGGAGCAGAUUGCUAUCUGCCCUCCUCCCCCACGCGAGAUGAAAGGCGGCACCGGGAUGACGAACCCAAAGCUCAGCACUUUCUUGCUCGUGUUCAGACAUGAACCACGGCUCCAACCGGUGCAGACCGCGCACGGCUGGCUGAGACGUCAGCCAGCACCUGCCACGCAGCGCCACGUCUCACCGCCUCGUAAAGGCUUUGAGAGCAGGCUUUGCCCGACCAGCCAGCACAGCUCGGGGCUCACCGGGACCAACCAGGCUGGUGAGGCAGCCUCGGACCCCAGCACCCUGCUCGGGAGAGCAAGGGGAGCAGCGGAUGAGCCCCCCGCCACGCCGGCGGCUGAGUCAGGGCGUUGGGUGGUGGCCGAGGACGCGGCUUACGCGGGGCAGCCUGAGCAGGACCAGGAGCAGACCCCGCAGGCACUGUGCCCGCCGGGAUGCGGCUGCCAGCCCCGAGCGAACGCCCCCGGCACCGCUCCAGCCCCGCGGCAGCUGGCAGGGAGAUGCUUCGCCCACGGCUCCCCGCCAGCCCGAUGGCAGGCGGAUGCGAGACUGCCGGGUGUCGGGGCUGGCAAGUGCUACGCAGCUUGGGAAAGCACUUUGCAAACCCGGAGGAAGGCGAAGGGCAGGGAUGGCAGCGCCAAGGGGCUGCGGCGAGGGCUCCUUGGCACCAUUGGGCCACCAGCCCCGCCCGUUACCGGUGCUGCCCAGCCCGGGCACCCGGUGCCUCCCGGUUCCCCUCGGUUCUACCCAUCCCAGGCACACGGUUUCCCCCGGUUCUUCCCGGUGCUGCCCAGCCCGGGCACCCGGUGGUUCCCGGUUCCUCCAGGCGCUGCCCAGCCCGAGCACCUGGUUCCCCCAGGCUCUUCCCGGUGCUGCCCCGCCCGAACACUCGGCUCCUCCCCGGUUCUUCCCGGUGCUGCCCCGCCCGGGCACCGGGCUCUCCCCGGUUCUUCCCGGUGCUGCCCCGCCCGAGCACUCGGCUCCCCCCCCGGUUCUUCAAGGUGCUGCCCUGCCCGGGCACCAGGCUCCUCCCGGUUCUUCCCGGUGCUGCCCCGCCCGAGCACCCGGCUCGCCCCGGUUCUUCCCGGUGCUGCCCCGCCCGGGCACUCUGCUCUCCCCCGGUUUCCCCCCUGCCCCGCCCGUCCCCGGCGCUGCUCAUCCCGGUCACCCGGUUCGUCGCGGUCCCUCGCAGCCCCGCCCACCCUGGACCGCCGGUUCCUGCCGGUGCCGCCGCUCUCACCUGCCCCGCCGCCCCCUGCGCGCUCUCUGCCGCCCGCCCCGCUCCUGCCCGAACAAAAGGCGAUCAGCGCCCCGCGCGCGCCCCGCCCAGCGCGAGCCCCGCCCCCUCCGCGCAGCCGCGUCGCUGAUUGGUCCGCCCGCACGCCCGUCAGCCCCCGCGGCUCGCCUAGCCCCGCCCCCGCCGGACGUGUUUAUCCGCUCGCCAUUGGUGGGGGCGCGGCAACCCCGCCCCCAGACGGGAGGUGA